UAUCUGUGCUGCUAUUUUUCACUGCAUGUGCAUCGGGGUUUAACUUCCACGACCUCCAACACGCACAAUCCUGCAUGCGAGCAGGCUAUUUGCGGUCAUGUCGAGUAGAAAAACGAAAGACUUCGAUGAAAUGACUGCUUUUCUGGGCGACUACGGUUCCUUUCAAAUUCUAAUGAUCGUUCUGCUUAGUUUAAGCACAAUAAUGUGUGGGUACACCGGAAUGAUUGUGGUUUUCGUCUCGGAUACACCAGAGCACCACUGCAAAGUAUCGAUAAACUAUACGCGCAACGCUACAGAUGUGGAGGUUUCCUUCCGCAACCAGAGCAUCUGGAUCGGAUCCGACAGCUGCUCCAGAUACACACUGAACCGGAGCUCCACGGAGGCAGGGGGGCCCCAUGACACAGGGCGGCCCAAUAGUACAGAGCCAUGUCUGGACGGAUGGGUCUUCAGCACCGAGAGAUACACCGCCACUAUUGUGUCUGAGUGGGAUCUGGUUUGUCACAAUGCAUGGAUGGUUCCUUUUACCACCUCCUUAUUCUUUGUAGGGGUCCUGAUUGGAUCAUUUGUUAGUGGUCACUUCUCAGACCGGUUUGGCAGAAAGCCAGUGUUUUUCUUUACCUUGGCCCUACAAACCAUCACUCCUCUGAUACAGGCCACCUCCGUCAGCUGGCUCAUGUUCUGUAUCCUCAACUUUCUAAGAGGACUUGGCCAGAUCUCCAAUUACAUUGCGUCACUCAUUCUGGGGUCUGAGAUGCUGAGCCCGACUGCCAGGAUGAGCUACGCUCUGCUCGGCCACAGUGUGGGGUUUGGUGUGGGAUAUGCAUUGCUGCCGCUGUUUGCCUACCUUAUCCGCGGCUGGAGGAUGCUGCUGGUUGCUUCUGCCAUCCCUGGCCUCCUAUUUAUACCAACAUGGUGGGUGAUUCCUGAGUCUCCCCGCUGGCUUUUACAGAAAGGUCGAGUUGAGGAGGCUGAACUUAUCAUACGCGCUGCUGCCAAGAGGAACCAAGUCCAGGCUCCUGAGGUCAUAUUCAGGGCUGACGAGUGCUUGGAGCUGAUGCAAAACACAGGUGAAGAGAGGCAGACAUACACUUAUCUGGACCUGAUACGAACCCCUAACAUGAGGAACAUUACAAUUCUGAGUGUUCUCAUAUGGACUGCUACCUCCAUGGUUUUCUAUGGGCUCUCUCUCAAUACUAGUAACCUAAAUGGAAAUGUCUACCUCACCUGCUUCAUUUCAGCAGUCAUUGACAUUGUGGUGUAUGUAGCCACUUGGAUGCUGGUUAAUCGUGUGCAACGGCCCACAUUAAUCUGCUCGGCAAUGAUGUUCUGUGGCAUCAUGCUCCUGGUUAUCAAGCUAGUUCCCGAAGACAUGCAUGUCAUGUUCCAGGUGUUAGCCUUAGUGGGAAAGGUUGGCGUGUCUUCUGCUUACUGCAUCAUCUUUGUGAUCUUCACUGAGCUGAUCCCCACUGUGGUCAGAAACAUGGGCUUAGGGGUAGCAUCCACAGCUGGACGCAUAGGCACCAUCAUUUGUCCUUUUGUGAUCUACAUGGUAUAA